CAUUGCUGGAUCUUCACCUGUAAACAUGGCUCAGGUCAACAGCUGCCUCAGUUGCAUCUUCACCAUCUUCAACAUGGUCUUUGCGAUUAUUGGCGGUCUCAUCAUCGUGGUCGCUCUGAUAUUCCAGGUCCUCACGAAUGAUCAUGUAGAACAACAACUGGAGGGUUGGACAUCCGGCUUUCUCGGCCUCUAUGUUGUGGGCGCCAUCACCAUGGUGAUCGCCAUCCUGGGAGCCUACGGGGCCCACAGGGAGAGCAAAGUGUCUCUGAUCAUGGUGAGUUCAAAGACCAGCUGAAACAUAGACUGUCAGAUUUUCUAACAAAGCGUACAGUUCCAUUCGACCUGCAGAAACACCGUCAUGACUCAUUUCCUUCCUUAAAAACUUCUGUGCUGACGGUCUUUUCCUGUUUUUAU